AUGAAUCCUUUGUUAGGGGCGAACUCGCUUCUCCAACAUCAACAGCAGCAGAACCAAGGAGGACCGAGUCAUCCGGAUUCCCCCUCAGGCCUACUGCCCGAAGCCGUCUUCUGCUCGCCCGACCCGACAUCUUUCUUCCUGGGCGACCAUCCCGGACUGGGUACGGAGACUCUGCCAGGGUUCGAUUUCACCACACCCUCACAAGCUUACCUGCAUCUGAACCAUAAUAACCACUCUUAUCACCGGUCUGUGCCCCAACCUCCUGCAGCGAUGGCCCUGAGGAACGACCUGGGCUCCAAUAUCAGUGUCCUAAAGACUCUGAACUUACGGUUCCGAUGCUUUCUGGCCAAAGUGCAUGAACUUGAGCGAAGGAAUAAGAUUUUGGAGAAACAACUACAACAGGCGUUGGAUGCGAAGAACAGCUGUGAUGGAAGUUGUUCUGAAAGCGCUAGACGGGCCCAUACCCAAGAAACGGGUGUACAGACCGGGUUUGUGGGAACUAUCCCGCUCAGGCCCGGGUCACUCCCGUUCCAAAACACCAACAACUCCGCGAGACGACCCACUACCCUCUUCACACCUGCCAUCAACACUGUCCUCACGCUUGAGUCCAACAACAAAGCUGGAACAAACCCCACCGAACCGAAUCAGAAUCCGACCAUCACGGUAAGCCUAUCAACCCCGACAAUCGACUCUCCAGCCGGGUCCAAUUCAAUCACCAAUGGGAAAACGGUUUUCAGUACUGGCACUGGAACCCCCACCAAUCCGCCUCCCCGGUUCCUCCCCGGUACUAUCUGGUCCUACAACCAUACCCGCAAGCUCGCUUCUGGCGUGGAGACGCGCGUCACCAGCCCGGGUGUGUCCUGGGUCCAGCCGGACGGGGUCGGGGUCCAGAUUGAUACCAUUACCCCGGAGAUCAGAGCCCUGUACAACGUCCUGGCCAAAGUCAAGAGGGAGAGAGACGAGUACAAACGCAGGUGGGAGGAGGAGUACACUGUCAGAGUGGACAUGCAGCAGAAGAUGGAAGACCUACAGGAGGACCUCCAGGAGAGUGAGGGCUGUCAGGAUGAGUUGGCUGUCAGAGUGCAGCAGCUGAAGGCUGAACUGGUGCUCUUCAAAGGCCUCAUGAGCAACAACAUGUCUGAUCUGGACAGUAAGAUCCAGGAGAAGGCCAUGAAGGUGGACAUGGACAUCUGUAGACGCAUCGACAUCACGGCUCGCCUGUGUGACGUGGCCCAGCAGAGGAACUGUGAGGAUGUCAUCCAGAUGUAUCAGGUCUCUAACACCCAGGCUGCCAUCAACUGUCGCCCCCGGAAACAGACCCCGCUGUCCGUCAACAGUAGUGAGGGUGAUGAGACUAUCAGCACUUCGGAGAGCGAUGGGGGCCUGCCCAGAGAGGAGGAGCUCUGUGGCUCGUCAGCCAAUCAGAUCAAUGAGGAAAUGCAAAGGAUGCUCAACCAGCUGCGGGAGUGUGAGUUUGAAGAUGACUGUGACAGCUUGGCCUGGGAGGAGACAGAGGAGACUCUGCUGCUGUGGGAGGACUUCCCAGGAUGCACUCUGGCUCCAGAGACCACCCACCAGCCAGGAGAGCAGGAAGACCAGUGUCUGGAGAAGGUGAUUAACGACACUGAGGACUUAUUCAAAUCCAGGGAGAAAGAAUACCAAGAGACCAUCGAUCAGAUUGAGUAUGACUUGGCUACAGCUAAGAGUGAUAUGAACCGUCACCUACAUGAAUACAUGGAGAUGUGUUCUAUGAAGAGAGGCCUGGAUGUACAGAUGGAGACCUGCAGGAGACUCAUCACCCAGAGUGGGGACAGUAAGCCUGGCUCUCCUGUGGCUGUGGCUGGUGAGGAGAGCGUUGACCAGGCAGAGAAGGAAGGGACAACAGCAUCACCUCCUCUCUCCAACUCUCCUCCCAGAUCAUGACCUAUCAAGACCACCUCCAUCACAUGACCUUCAUUCCAUCCAACCACAGUACCACUCAACACUCCGCUGUCACUAUAGCAAUGCCAUGUUUACAUUCUAACCACUAGAUGCUUAUUAGUCUAUUUUUAAUUUUCUUCAUGCUAUCUUCAUUCACAAGGCUCAAUAUAGGAAAGUGGCAGAUCUAUCUGUUUUAGCGACGGUGUAGUGUUGUGUGUUUCCAACAGCUUUUAGUCCCCUCUACUGGAAAGUGGUAUUACUAACACCAUGGAAGUCUGUACAUAAGAAUCCACUGUUUAGCAGAGCAAAGGUAACGAGGUAAUGGAUUGAAAUACACAACUUGAAUUGAGAAUACCUCAUAGCAACGUAUGAGCAAUAUUUGAAUGAACUCAUAUGAGUUGUAGGCUAGCGUGUACUCUUAAGGUAGUUGUUGGUACUACAGAGAACCAUGGUAAUAACUCUCCUAUAGCAUGAUCCAUUUCCACACAGCCAUAAUGAUAAACACACCGCACACACACACCAACACACACCAAUACAUUCAUGUCAGGCUAGCAGAUCAUUCUAACAGUGUGCUGUCCUGUUGCUACAUCAUGAGGGUUGUUUUCAGACUCAGUCAAACUCACCUAGAAGUAUAACACAGUAAAUAUAAGCCUUAGGGUGUGUUUGUAAAUUCACUCUGGAGUGCCAGAGUGCGCUCUGGGCGUUCGUAAAU